UGUGACCAAGACCAGUGUAUUCAGAGCACCAAAUUCGUUUUGCAGGCUGCAGCUACACCUCUCCUGCAGACGGAGGCAAUAAUCACAAGCGAUGAGCCACCAUUACCUGGAAAGACCACAAUAAAUGCACCUUGUGCCUCACUGGCACUUGGACAGCCAACACCACCUUCCUCAAUGCCAAACCUCAAUUCAGAGAGCACUUUGACAGAUAUGAUACCGUUAAAAGAAGAUCUUGGAAACCACCCGUUUCUAACACCUGAUGAAGCACCCUCACCUCCUGGCAUGCUGCCAGCAAGCAGCCCUGUGACUCAUAGCCAUACCAUGCAUGUACUGAACCUUGUCAGCCAAGACUCAUUGCAUGAAGACUCUGUGCGUGGUCUUGUGAAGCUAAGUUCUGUUUGA